CUCAUCUAGCCACCCACAUGCCACAGCUCAGUGUGCACGCCCCUCUUGCAGUCAUGUGGUUGACAGGAGGACCUGUGCUCUUGACUACUUUGCAGCCAGUGUUUAUGACAGUGAAGGGAGGCAGCCUGGUAGCUAGGAUGUCUAGAGCCCGCUGGAGAGGGGUAGGGGGUACCCUGCUUGGACUGCUGCUUUUUGGAGUGGGCAUAUUGGUGGCAGCGCUGCUUGUGAGGACCUACACUCUUCCUAGCAGCCAGGUCAGCUGGCAGGGGCCAGGGGUGGCAGAAGUGAAGUUUACACCUGAUGAGAGGCAGCUGCUGAAGAGAGCAUUAAUAGGUGCCCUACGCAUUCCCACCGUUUCCAUCUCUGUAACGGAGCAAAACGUUACAGCUCUGGCCGAGCUUGGAGCAUACAUUAGAAGAGUGUUUCCAAGCGUGUUCUCCUCAAGUAUUAUCAAACAUGAAGUGGUGGCAGAAUACAGUCACCUUUUUGCAGUACAAGGCUCAGACCAAAGUCUAAAGCCCUACAUGAUCCUUGCUCACUUGGAUGUUGUACCAGCCCCUCCUGAAGGUUGGGACGUGCCACCUUUCUCUGGAGAAGAGCGUGAUGGUUACAUAUAUGGAAGAGGAGCCCUGGACAACAAAUGUUGCGUAAUUGGAGCUCUUCAAGCUCUUGAUUUAUUGCUAAAAAGAGGCUACAAACCCAAACGAUCAUUCUAUAUCGGACUAGGACAUGAUGAGGAGGUAUCUGGACACAAAGGAGCCAUGAAAGUUGUAGAGAAACUACAAUCUCGUGGAGUAAAGUUGUUGUUUGUGAUAGAUGAAGGGUUGGCAGUCAUGGAGGGAGUCUUACAUGGAGUCAAAAAGUCUGUAGCUCUGAUUGGUAUCACUGAGAAAGGAUCCAUUACUUUGAACUUGACUGUGAACCAACCUACGGGGCAUUCCUCGAUGCCUCCUGCUGAGACUAGCAUUGGGAUCCUUGCAGCAGCUGUGUCCAGAUUGGAGAAAAAUCCGAUGCCUAAUAUGUUUGGUGAAGGUCCAGAGGCUCUCAUGUUUGAUCAUUUGGCAGGAGAGUUUGCAUUCCCACUUAAUGUCAUGAUGGCAAACCUGUGGCUCUUCUCUCCUAUCAUCAGUAGAUCGUUAGAGCAGAAACCAUCGAGCAGUGCCAUUUUGCGGACAACUACUGCCAUAACCAUCUUUAAUGCUGGAGUGAAGGAAAAUGUGAUCCCUCCCAUGGCAAGAGCUACUGUCAACUUCCGACUUCACCCAGCCCAGACAGUUGACGAGGUGUUGGACAUAGUGCGGAACACCAUAAAUGAUGAAAGAGUGGACAUUUUGGUUCUUAACUCAUUUAAUCCUCUGCCUAAUAGCCCACAUGAUGACUCAAACUUUGGGUACCAGACUUUGAAGAAAACUAUUCAUUCGGUCUUCACUGUAACCCCAGUUGCCCCAGGAAUCUGCAUUGGAAAUACAGACAGCCGGCAUUUUGUCAAUCUUACUGACAGUAUCUAUCGUUUUAGCCCUUUCAAAUUGAAAACUGAAGAUCUGAGCAGGAUCCAUGGGUUAAAUGAACGCAUUUCUGUGGAGGGCUUAGAGCAGCUUACGCAGUUCUACUAUCAACUGAUCCAGAAUGCUGACUUUGAUAAAGUUCCCGUUGCUCAUCGAGCCACCCAUGAGCUAUAAUGAUGAUUAGUCUAGC